AUGGCGGGGGUAGCUUGCUCAGAGACCCGUGAUUCCCGAAGCCAGGACGAUUGGGGUCCUCCAAGCCAGGCUGGCCUGGAAGGAAGAUGGGUUCCCCCUGGGGAGGAGGGCUACCGUCUCCUGAAGGAAUAUUCCAGUGCCUUCAUGGUCUCCCAGGUUCUCUUCGCCGCCUGUGAGCUGGGAGUCUUUGACCUUCUGGCCGAGGCCCCGGAGGCCCUGGGCUCGGCUGCAGUGGCUGCACGUCUGGGCGUCAGCUCCCGAGGGACAGAGCUACUGCUGGACGCCUGUGUGUCCCUGAAGCUGCUUCAAGUGGAAGUGAGGAGAGAAAAAGCUGUGUAUGAAAGCACAGAGCUCGCCAGCACCCACCUGGCCAGAGCCAGCCCCAAGUCCCAGCAGGACAUGCUGCUGUACACGGCCAGGACCCCCUACCUGUGCUGGGGCCACCUGGCCGCGGCUGGCAGAGACGGGAAGAACCAGUAUCUGAAGGCCUUUGGGGUUCCCUCCGAGGAGCUCUUCACUGCCAUCUACAGGUCACGCCAAGUCCAAGGCGAGAGGCUGCAAGCCGUGCGGGGCCUGCAGGACGAGUGGAGGCUCGGAGGGCCGAGGGUGGUGGCUGCCUUUGACCUGUCACCCUUCCCGCGCAUCUGUGACCUCGGAGGUGGUUCCGGGGCUCUGGCCAAGGCAUGCAUGUCUCUGUACCCGGGGUCUCAGGUCACCGUGUUUGACAUCCCGGACGUGGUCCAGAUGGCAAAGAGGCACUUCUCAUUCCCGGAGGAUGAACGGAUCGGCUUCUGUGAAGGAGACUUCUUUAAGGACCGCCUUCCGGAGCCGGAUCUGUGCAUCCUGGCCAGGGUCCUGCAUGACUGGACAGAUGAGAAGUGUUCACACCUGCUGGGGAGAACAUAUCAAGCCUGCAAGACAGAGGACUACGGACACAGCUGGGGAAAGGACCUGGGAAAGAAGACAGGGGUGUGUGUGGAUGCGGUGGGAAUCAGGACGCAGGGCCCGUCCGGCAGGAGUGGGAGCUCCCGAAACCCUAGGAGCUUCCCGAGUGACGCAGGCGCGAGGAGCAUCCUGCGACCCUCGGAACGAGCCCCGCCGCGCCUGAGUCUGCGCGGAGGCGUAGCCCUGGGAGGCGCGGGCCGGUUGCCCCGAGGAACCAGCCACACGGGGCGGGGCUCGAGCGGCUCCCGAGGCGCGAGGCUUCCGAGAGUCGUGCCUGGCGGCGGCCCCGCGAAAACCCUGCGUAGAGGGGUUCCGAGAGCUCCCGGGUCGGGGAACCCGUCCGCGCGUGGGGAGAGUGACGCCCCCCAAGCUCCGCGGGGACGGAAGCUGCGGCGCUCGGGGCCCUCCCGGGCCUCGCCGUCCACCGCUCUCUCUGGCUGUUGGUCCCUUUCUGCUACACGGGUCACAGCUGGUUUUGCCUCGUCCUUUCCCACCGAGUUUGCCAUGUGGUGUGCGGUUAGCGAUGCUGCAAGCUUUCAAGAUUUCAAGCAAGAAGAGACCAUAACGCUGGCAGGCUUCUAGGUGCUGGGACACAGCAGUGAUCAAGACAGACAAAAGCAUCAACUCAA